AUGGUUAACACAGUGGUUGUUGCUUUGUUCGUUUUAGUCGCUGUGAUCACAGUCUCCGAUGCACAAAUUGCAAAUUGUUUAACUACUGUUGGAUGUGGGGGUGCGAACCGAGGUUUCUGUGACCCCACUGGAGCCGUUACCCCCGGAACUGGAACCUGCAGAUGUUACCGGGGCUUCUAUCUCAACCCCACUAACCCUACUCUUUGCCAAGAUAUCAACGAAUGUAUCGUAUAUCCCUGUGGUAGAAACAGUGGCCGAGUUUGUAUUAAUACUAUCGGUAGCUUCUAUUGUCAAUACAAUAGUAACAGCUUCCAGAAUUUGUUAAACUAUUACUAUAUUUCCGAACUCUUGGACUAA